AUGAUUUCCAGCAAGCACAAGGGUUCUUCUUCUCAUCGCGAAGAUGAGUUGCAACAAAUCACUAAAACCGAUGAUCAAGAAUCGGAAGCUAGCCUCCCUUCAUCCACCAGUGGUGAAUCAUCCAAGGUAGAGAAAACAAGCAGUAUAUUGAAUGAAUUCCAUCCACCACUCACAAGAACCAAACAGAAAUGGUCAAUUUCAGAAGUCCUUCUCUUUUCCUUCUUUCUGGUCUUGAUGUUUGUUGUGUGUUGGAAUGGUUACCACUUGAAUUUGUUAAAGUUGGGAUUGUCAUGGUUGAAUCCUCAAGGUUCUUCUUGUGAACAACAAGAAAUGUACUUGUGUCUUUCUCCGAGAAGACUCAUCUAUGGGACAUUGUCAAACCUUUCUGUUCAAAGUCUUGUUCAGAUGGUGCUCUUUCCGAUUUUUCUCUCUCCGUUAGUAUUUCCGAACUUGAUGUCAUUGGUGAUUGGAGUCUUAUUAUUGUUGGUUUGUUGCAGCAAAAGGAGCUUCUUUUCCCUUCUCAAGACACUAUUUGCCGUUCAGUGGUCUGUGUUUGCAGUGAGAGCUGUUCUUUCUUUCGUUCUGUUCAGAGUUUUUGGUUGGAUGGAAAGCAUGCUUUGGGCGUACGAUGCCAGACAUUUCAUUGCAUGUAAUUAUGGAGUCACUAGCUUUGUCAUGUUUGAAAUUGUGCAAUCUAUUUCUCGUGUGAGUGAUGACACUGUUCGCAAUCAGUCUUCUCGAAAUUUAAUUUUCCGUGUCAUUCUAUUGCUCUGUGCUUGCUUUGUGAUUCACUUUACCGCUCAUUUACCAUUCAAUGAGAUGAUACCAUUUCGAUAUGACACAGAUUUGAGAAAGCAUUUAUUGUCUUACACCUCUCGUUACUCGGAUUACAUGAUUGAUCAUACCAUUGGCUGUAUACUUGGUUUUCUCUUUGCUUAG